AAUUUUGAGACAGCUCAUUCUUUGUCGAAAGCGGAGCUGAAAGUGGAACAAUCCCACACAAAUCCAAACAUUUUAUAGGGAAGCAAUAUCUUUCUGUCGUGUUAAGAACGAAUCCCAUUUUGUUGUCAAAUGGCACGUAGCUUCACAUUCUCCUUCUUCUUCCUCUUCUUCAUAUUUAAAUCUCAAUAUACCACCGUCGUCUUCUCCCAGAAUACCACCCAACAACGUUUUAAAGAAGCUCCAAAGUUCUAUAACUCCCCCACAUGCAACACCCUGCAGCACCACCCGAAUGACACGUGCCCCAGGAAUGCAGUCCACGUGGCAAUGACCCUGGACGUGGCAUACAUCCGAGGAUCCAUGGCGGCAAUCCUCUCCGUGCUCCAACACAGCUCAUGCCCAGAAAACGUGAUCUUCCACUUCCUCUCCGCAGCUUCCAAACCUUCCUCCUUCACUACCCUAAACCAAACACUAACUAAUUCCUUUCCUUAUUUGAAUUUCCAAAUUUAUCCCUUCGACGACAUCGCGGUUUCGCGCCUCAUCUCCACCUCCAUACGCUCCGCGCUGGACACGCCCCUCAAUUAUGCGCGAAGUUACCUUACAGACCUCCUCCCUCACUGCGUCGUCAGAGUCGUAUACCUUGAUUCCGACUUAAUCCUUGUUGACGACAUCGCCAAACUCGCCUCCACGCCGCUCAGCGACACGGAGGUCCUAGCCGCGCCGGAGUACUGUUCCGCCAACUUCUCGACCUACUUCACGCCCUCAUUCUGGGCCAACCCCUCGCUAUCGCUCUCCUUCUCGAACCGGAAGCGGCCGUGCUACUUCAACACCGGCGUUAUGGUGAUCGAUCUACAGCGGUGGCGGGCCGGGGACUACACAACAGUCAUCGAAGAGUGGAUGGAGUUGCAGAAGAGGAUGCGGAUCUACGAGCUCGGGUCGCUUCCGCCAUUCCUGCUCGUCUUCGCCGGAAGGAUUGCGGCGGUGGAUCGCCGUUGGAAUCAGCACGGACUCGGCGGGGACAAUUUUCGUGGGCUUUGCCGGGAACUGCAUCCCGGGCCCGUGAGUCUGCUGCAUUGGAGUGGGAAGGGGAAGCCUUGGGUCAGGCUCGAUGCAAAGAUGCCUUGCCCUUUGGACGUUCUGUGGGCGCCGUACGAUCUGCUCCAAACUCCCUAGUUCUAAAAUUUUUUAUUUUGUUAUUAAAAACUUAUUACAAUCAAACAUAAAAUUUAAAUUUGAUUCAACAGAAUGUUUAAAUUUUUUUUGCCAUUGUA